CCGCUGCUACGUGGCUUUUCCCGGUUCCUGUUGCUAGUCGCCGCUUCCUCGGAGGAUACCUGGACGGAACACCCACAAUUUAUCGGCUUUUAAAGCAGCGGAGCGGCGGACAACAUGGAGACGUACGGGAACUCGCACAAGAAGCAGAAGUUGAGCAACGCGACUGAGAACUGGGGGAUGCAACGUGCCACUAAUGUCACCUAUCAAGCACACCACGUGAGCAGGAACAAGCGUGGGCAAGUGGUGGGCACCAGAGGGGGCUUCCGAGGAUGCACAGUUUGGCUCACUGGUUUGUCUGGUGCUGGGAAGACCACAGUGAGCAUGGCCCUAGAGGAGUACCUGGUCUGCCACGGGAUACCCUGCUACACCCUGGAUGGGGACAACAUCCGCCAGGGCUUGAACAAGAACUUGGGAUUCAGCCCAGAGGACCGAGAAGAAAACAUUCGCCGCAUUGCUGAAGUUGCAAGGCUUUUUGCAGACGCUGGUCUCGUCUGUCUCGCCAGCUUCAUCUCUCCCUAUGGCAGGGAUCGUCUGAAUGCCAGAAAGAUCCACGAGGCCGCCGGGCUGCCUUUCUUUGAAGUGUUUGUGGACGCCCCGCUGGAUGUGUGCGAGCAGAGGGAUGUGAAGGGCCUCUACAAGAGAGCCAGAGCAGGCGAAAUCAGAGGUUUCACCGGCAUCGACUCGGAAUAUGAGAAACCGGAGGCCCCCGAGCUCGUGCUGAAGACAGACUCAUGCAGCGUGAAUGAGUGCAUACAGCAGCUGGUUGACCUGCUUCAGGAGAAGGACAUCGUGCCUGUUGACGCCACCUAUGAGGUAAAAGAGUUGUAUGUUCAGGAGAACAAACUAGACCUGGCCAAGGCGGAUGCGGAGACGCUGCCUGCUCUUCAGAUUGGGAAGGUGGACUUGCAGUGGGUACAAGUUCUGGCUGAAGGCUGGGCCACUCCACUCAACGGCUUCAUGAGGGAGCGGGAGUAUCUUCAAUGCCUCCACUUUGACUGUCUACUAGACGGUGGUGUCAUCAACCUGUCUGUGCCGGUGGUGUUGCCGGUGGCUUCAGAGGAUAAAGAGCGCUUGGAUGGUGUGACGGCCAUGGUGCUGGUCUACGAAGGCAAGCGUGUGGCCAUCCUUCGCAACCCCGAGUUCUAUGAGCACCGCAAGGAGGAGCGCUGUGCUCGCCAAUGGGGCACCACCUGCAAGAACCAUCCCUACAUCAAGAUGGUGAUGGAAAGCGGCGACUGGCUGGUCGGGGGCGACCUACAGGUGCUUGAUCGGAUAUACUGGGGCGACGGACUGGACCAGUACAGACUGACACCCACGGAGCUCAAACAGAAGUUUAAAGAAAAGAAUGCAGAUGCCGUGUUUGCCUUCCAGCUGCGUAACCCAGUACACAACGGCCAUGCUCUGCUGAUGCAGGACACCCAUAAGCGUCUGACCGAGCGGGGCUACCGCCGGCCCGUCCUGUUGCUGCACCCGCUGGGAGGCUGGACCAAAGAUGACGACGUGCCCCUACCCUGGAGAAUGAAGCAGCAUGCCGCCGUGCUCGAGGAGGGCGUCCUAAAUCCGGACUCUACCAUCGUCGCUAUCUUUCCCUCGCCCAUGAUGUACGCCGGCCCGACGGAGGUUCAAUGGCACUGCAGGGCUCGAAUGGUGGCCGGUGCCAACUUCUACAUUGUGGGCCGUGACCCCGCCGGCAUGCCGCAUCCUGACACGGGGAAAGACCUGUACGAGCCCAGUCACGGGGCCAAGGUCCUCACCAUGGCUCCCGGCCUCAUCACCUUGGAGAUUCUUCCUUUCAAAGUCGCCGCUUACAACAAGCUCAAACGAGCAAUGGACUUCUACGAGCCCAAAAACCAUCAAGAUUACGACUUCAUCUCAGGGACACGCAUGCGCAAGUUGGCCCGCGAGGGGGGCAACCCUCCGGACGGUUUCAUGGCGCCAAAGGCCUGGGCCGUGCUGAAGGAAUACUACAAGUCACUGGAGAAGGCCUAAAAGACCCAGUUGGGACGAAGGAGCUGAAAGCUGGGGACGCUGGUUUCUGUGGAGGUGGAUGUUGGGGACCAUUCAGCACAUUGUCACAGCUUUGUCACGUAUACUGUAUGUACUUUAUUUGAUCUUAGGACAUAGUUUACUCAACACCUGGCAGGGUUAAGGGGUAGCUAGUUAGAGCUAGUGUAGCUAAGAGCUAUUUUUAAGCAGCUUUAUAAGUGUAUGUUCUAGUUGGAAAAAGGUACCCGUAGGAUGAUGAGGGCCAAACAAGUUGCUUUCUACUGUAACUUUGUACGUUAAUUGUAAAUGUUGAGUGCCUUGGUCAAAACGCUUGCCUUGAAAAAGUCAGACGUGCAUGACAGAAUCAGGACACGCCCACUUCCUGUCGAACAGAUGUAUUUAUAAUGAAGACCUACUGUCACCAACCAUCACAGUUAACCUCGUUUUAAGUGUAUUUAUUCUAACACUGCAAUCAUUUGAAGUCUACUUUCCAUGUAGUGCUGUGCUUCCUUUUACAGUUAAUAUUUCAUGUCUAAUAAGAUGUUUCAUGUUCACCAUCAUGGGAUGCGAUUUGUAUCGUUCUUGUCCAAUAAAACAUUUAUAA